AUGCCGAGAAGAGUUGUGAAGGAAAGAGAGAGGGAUGAGGAACAAAUUGGAGAUGUGAUAAAUAAAAUGGUGACUUAUGAAGGUGAGGAUUUUGAGCAAAAUGAGCUGAAAUUCUGAAUUUUUUGAUACAAAAUUCGAGAUUUUUGAUACAUUUUAAGCUAGAAAAUGUGAAAAAUGAGGAAAUUCAGGAAAAUCUGAAUUUUAAACCGGAAAUUUGAGAUUUUUGAGAAUUUUUGAACUAGAAAAUUGAAAUUUCAUUAAAAUCUGGUUUUUUGAACUUGAAAUUCCAGAAUUUUCCUGAAUUUUUACUGUGAAAAUUACAGAAAGCUCAAUUUUUUCAAAUCCAAAAUAAUUAUUGAAAUCCACGUGGCAAAUAUUUCAAAUUUUACUUUUAAAAAAUUGGUCAAAAUUAUAUUUUCUCUAAUUUUCAGCACCGAAAAUCAAAAAGAAAAAUGUACGUUUCAAAAUUUUAAUUUCUUCAAAUCAAUUUUUGGAAUUCUAUUCAUGCCCAGUCACGUGCGCUCUAAUGAGAAUUUUGAGAAUUUUCAAGAAUUUUAAAAUUCGCAUUGGAGCGCAUUUGCUAUACCAAGCUUGAAAAUGAGUUUUAGAGCUUCAAAAAUAGCUCAAAAUGUUCAGAAAAACACGGGAAAUCGAGUGCGCUCUAAUGAGAAUUUUGAAAAUUCAAAUUGCAGACAAUUCCCGGGUCAACAAUGCGCAUUUCGAAUGGAAAUACGAUUGGUUCGAAUUUCUGCGAUUUCCGAAACCGCGAAAAAUCUACGAAUUGACUGUGAUUGAUGAUUUCGAAUUUACCACCAAAAAAACGUCGUUUUUCCGAAAAACGAGAAGAGGAGAAGGAGAGGAAUCGAGUGAAGAUGAAUUGUCAGAAGAUGAGGAAACUGAGAGGAAUAGCAUGAAAUGUAAGGGUUUUGGGGCGAAAUUUGGUGGAAAAUGAUGAAAAAUUGAUGUUUUUAUGUGAAAAUUCGUCAGAUUUAACCGAAAAUUGAUGAAAAAUCAUGAUUUUAUGCCUAAAAUGAUGGUUUUUGACUGAAAACUGUUGAAAAUUAUCAAAAUUAGAUCCGAAAUGGUCAAAAUUUCAAGUUUUUACACUAAAAUUGAUUUAAAUUAUGAAAGAAAUCGUAUUUUUACACUGAAAACGGUGAUUUUCAAAAGCAAAAAUUGAUUUUCAACCUAAAAAUUACUGAAAAUCUCGAAAAAGUUUGAAAAACAUCUGGAAAAGCUUAAAAAUCUGAACUUUUUGACCUUCAAAAUGUUCAGAAAAUAAUAAAUUUCAAGCUGAAAUUUUACAUUUCUGAAAAAUAACAGAAAAUUGUGCCACGUGGCAAGGAUUCUGAAAAUUUUCUGAAAUUCUGAUUUUUUUAAUCCGAAAAUCAUUAAAUUUCAGCAAAAAUUCUGAAUUUCAGGCUGUAAAUCAGGUUUUUUGUUGAUUUUCAUUUUAAAAAAGCAGAAAAUUGUGCCACGUGGCAAAGAAUCUGAAAAUUUUCUGAAAUUCUGAAUUUUUUUAUCCGAAAAUCUAUAAUUUCAGCAAAAAAUUCUGAAUUUCAGGCUGUAAAUCGGGUUUUUUGUUGAUUUUCAUUCCAAAAGUUCGAAAAUUAUUCAGAAAUUUCAAAAUUUUGCAUCAAAACCACCCAAAUUUCACCCACAAUUCACAAAAUUUCAAAAAAAAUCCGCAAUAUUUUUUUUUUCAGCCAAUAAUCCCAGCAUAAAUCACGAUGAGUUGGAAGAAGAUGGUUGGCGAAUGUUUGAUUGUUAUUAUCAUUGUCAAAAACAGCUGUUCAUGUCCAGAAUCUACAUUUUGAUACUGCAAUUUAUUGGAGCUAAUGUGUUUGGCGAUAUGUUUCAUACUGAUGCGUUUCGAGGAACUGAUGCGACUUUUAGUGGGUUUUUUUGA